GCACAAAUUGACCACCAUGAUAUUAUAUUAUAUAGAGCAAUUAAAGAAUUAGAAAAUCUGUCAAAUGAACUUAUUAAUAAAUGGACAAUUUAUUCAGGGUUGUUAGAAACAUUCAGUGAAAAUUUUGAUUUGGAUAAAUAUUGGCAUGAGAAAAUAGAUAUGUUACCAAAUAUUAGUAAUAUCGCAUUAGUAUAUAUUUGGCUACCAGUUUCGGAAGUUGAUGUAGAGCAUAGCUUUUCAGCUUAUAAACGAAUUUUGGCAGAUAAUAGACAUGCUUU